GAUUCCUAUAUUUUGACGAAAUUAAUUAAUUAUCAUACCUCGUGAAUCUUCUUGCGGUCAGCCUUGGGAAUCAGCAUCUUGGCGGUUUGUUAUGUUGCAAGAUGUUGAACAAGGUGGGUAGACGUGAUUGAUUUGGGAGACGACAGGCUGAUACUUUUGCGAUGAAUUGAAGUUAGGGAAAUUCUGGUUGUGCGCAAAAACCCUAUGGUGGAGCAGGAAGCGAACUAGGAAUUUCGUGGGGCUAUGUGGCUAGGGUGCAUUUAUGCACUCGUGCACGGACUCAUUCAAACUUUUAAGUGUGGCUCAGAAUUUAAAUCUCAGCAUCUGAUAAGGUCCACUUUAACCGUCCAGCCAUCUAGAACGCUCAAUCCGUCACCUAGGCAAUUGCCAUCUUUUAUAAAUCUUAACUCCAGACUUUUUGCCUCACAACAUUUCAACGUCAACACCCGUCCGCAUAGAGGCAUCUCGGAUUUCUCCAUCUCAUCGUGCGAGGUAGUAAUCAUGGCGCCCAAAAAUAUCAACGUCUUUGUUACGACCUUCUCAGGCUUAGGCCUACCUCCUACUCUAUCAUUCCCCGUUCCGCCGACUACUACUUUCUCCGACCUCCACGAUCGCAUUGAGGAUCGAUUACCUCAAACAGACACACGACUCAUCUUGACCACUCUUUCAAACAAGCAGCUCCUCCACAGCUCUAAUGAACUAAUAUCUAACCUCUGCAACGGCGAUGAUUCCUUUGUCUCUCUCCGAUUAUCAGUUCCGCUAUGCGGUGGCAAAGGUGGUUUCGGCUCCCAGCUUCGAGCUGCUGGUGGCCGAAUGUCCUCAAAGAAGAAGAAGAACCGCGGCGAUGAGAACGGAUCUAGCAGAAACCUCGAUGGACGUCGACUGCGCACAGUCAACGAAGCUAAGGCGUUAGCCGAGUACCUGGCAAUCAAGCCUGAGAUGGAACAGAAGGAGAAGGAGAAGCGACGCGCACGAUGGCAGCAGAUCGUCGACCUUGCAGACGAGAAAGAGCACGAAAUUAAGAACAGCACGAAGGGUCGCCUAGAUGGCAAGUGGGUUGAGGACAAAGAAGAGGCUGCUGAGCGAACGCGCGAGGCGGUUCUAGCCGCUAUGAAGGCAGGAAACUACAAGGACAACCUUCUCGGCACAUCGCAUGGCUCGACCUCUACAGAGUCCAUGAAAGAAGACUCUUCUAGUGAGGAAGAUGAAUCCGAGGAGGCUAGCGACUCUAAAGCCACCAAGUCAGCGACAAAAACGACAUCAAAAAAGCCAGCUUCGGGAGUAUUCGCUGGUUUUGAUGAAGAUGAUGAAUUCAUGAGUUCCUCGGAUGAGGAUGAGAAGUAGGAGGAAAGCAAAUAAGACAGCACUACACCCACACUGUUAAUGAUACCCACGAAGACAUGAUUCGAUAGAGGCUCAUGUCUAAAACACGCACCCCCUCGAAACAUCGCUUUUCCUCCAUUGGAUGUAAUUCCAGUACGACUAUCUCAGGAAUUUGGCCAACGAGGGUAUUUGCAUACGCAUCGGUUCGUAACCCCUACAUUCGCAACUGUAUGGAAGGAAAGGACAAUUUUUGAAAGGAUGAGUUCAAGUUGUGAGCUAUGGGAUGUUCGAUGGAGGCAUUCAAAUUGAUACGGUUCGCAUGGAGUUUGGCCUUUGAGGAGGACACUACCUUGAUGGGAUCGCAAUCGACAGACAUCUUGUAGUCUUGAGUUCGUAACUAGGCUACGAAGAAUAUAACGUCGACAUUUAUGACGCAAAGGGGCCGAUACUACGAUCUGGCAAGGAAAGGCAUACCGGAAAGGCAAGGAGACCUUAGCCAGUCUCAGUGUUAGUUCCCCCGUCUACGAAAUUGCCAUGUUGUCCUUGCCUUCUGUUGACUAGGGCUAGGGAUGAUAGGUACUUUAGGGAAUGAAUAAGACCAAUGAACCCAAAUAUGAAGCAAGAUUAAAGACUGAUGUGACGUCUAAGUUCGUUGAAUUU